UUUUGAAAUACCGGCAAAUGAACAACGACGAAAGAGAACGCGGCGAAAAUAUUUUUUUGUUUUUUUUUUUUUAUUACCCAAAGAAAAACCAAAUCAAAACAGACCGAAAACAAAAAUCAAACGAGGAGGUUGUGUUGUGUGAUAGAGGCUGGUUGCCUUCUUUGAAUUUAAAAUAAUUUCGAAAAAUAUAUACAUACUCAACGAACUGAUUAUUGCAUAAAAAACGAAAACAGAUUGUGAAAUUUGGGACAAAUUUUUAUAGCGGAAAAAUCACUUGAAAAAAUAUUAACGCAACAUUUGGCCCUAGAGAAAAAAGAGGAAUAUUUUGCGUUCCAUAACAGCUGGCGAAUACACCCAGAGAGGUGUAGGCGUUAAAGGGGCAUCAGCAGCAUCAAAGCAAUACCAGUUCAAAAUGGCAAUACUUUUAGUACACUUGCGCCGUUUGAUUCUCUUGAUGAGCAUCAUCUAUCUGAGUGGCGCCUUUGUGCGGAAGCUGUUGACGGACUCGCGGCAAGCCUAUCUGUUGCACAUGAAUGGCGGCAAAUCUUUGUUGUGGGCAAAGCAUUUGCAUUUCCAGUGGUGGGCCUACAUCUACACCUGCUAUGCCUAUGUGGUGCUGGUGAAUUAUGUGAAUAUGCGGCGCUACACCACUGUGCUGGAAGUCUUGCUGACAUGAGGCAACAAUGAAUUUACCAUAGCGAACCAAUCAUCUUCAUCACAUUUAUCCUUAAGCUCAUCACGAUCAAACCUUUUUAUCUAAUAAUUCGAGGAGCUCAGCCUCGCCUGGCUACCAACAGCUGUGCAAUAACCAAAAAACGCAAUAAAACAAAUCAAAAAGAA